AGCCUGCGGCUCCUGGCCCCCAUCUCUCGCAGUCCUCCAAGCCUUCCAACCUGUUCGGAGCUGCUCCAGCUGGACUGGUGACCAGUAUAUAUUAGAUAUUGAUAUAAAAAGAAGUGAAGAAGAACCGGAACCAGUUUCAGAAGUCUGUAAAAACAACAUUUUUACAAUUUAAGAAAAACUAUAUUAAACAGAGUUGAAAGAUUUGCUUUCACGGCAAUAAAUCUUCAGUUCCUCCUGAUUCCACGCAGCAAAAGGCCUGCAGAAGUGAGUAUCUGGGUAUUUGGAGAGGACCUAUUUGAUGGUUCUGGAAAACUUUUUUCACCCCAUACUCAGAUGUGCUUUAUUCUCAGGAAAGGAUUUCUGCUUGGAAAUUGAAUGGCUACUGGGAAAAUGAACAGUAGUGUUUAUUUGGAAAUUAACUUUGAUGAACCAAUUUUAAAUGUGGGAAGAGUCACUCUUGGGACAAAGAAUAGAAACAAAAUGAAAGAUUGCCAACUACGAAAAAAGCAGAAUGAAAACAUCUUACAAGCUGUGAUUACUUUGCUGAAUUCUGGAGGGGGAAUGAUCAAGGCUGAAAUUGAGAAUGAAAGCUAUAGUUAUCAAAGAGAUGGAAUAGGAGAAGAUUUGGAAAAAUCCUUUGGAAAUAUUCUUCCAUCUGUUCCUAAAUACUUAACCUUUAUGCAGCAAGGUCAAUAUUUUCAAAUUAUUGUCAAGUCAUGGAGCUCAGAAACCUCUGGUUUACGGAUUGUCACCUUGAGGACUAAUUUGUACAGAAGGGAUGUGACAUGUACAAUUAUGAUGAGUGCCACUGAUACACUGGAGUUCCUCAAAGCCAAGAGGAAAACUGGAGGGACAUGGUCUGGACCUAAAUUGUCUCCACAGCCGGGUGUACAAAAAGAGAGUGACAUAAAGGACUUAGCUGAUGACUUUUUUAACAAGACACAGCUCAGGUACAGAGAAAAAGUGCCCUUUACUGAAUCCACACAUGUUGAAAUGAAAGCCUUUUCAACAGGAAAGUGGUUACAACGCCUUAAAGAAAUUCUCCCUCAGUAUGUUUCUGCUUUUGCGAAUACUGAUGGGGGAUAUUUGUUUAUUGGGUUAAAUGAAGAAAAAGAAGUAAUUGGCUUUACAGCAAAGAUGGAUGAUAUUAAUGAGUUAGAAACAGAGAUUAACAAAUCCAUUUGGAAGUUACCUAUCUAUCACUUCUGUAGGGAGAAGGAGCAGAUAAAUUACUCAUGCAAAGUCCUUGAAGUAUAUGAUGAAGGAAAUCUUUGUGGAUAUGUCUGUGCACUCAAAAUAGAGCCAUUCAGCUGUGUGGUGUUUGCUAAAGAGCCAGAAUCCUGGCAUGUGAAAGACAACCAAGUGUGGCAGUUUACCACGGAGGAAUGGAUUUCCACCAUGUUGCCUGCUAAGCCAGAUUUAUCCUGGUUAAAAGACAGACUUUUCUCAUAUAUUCCCGGUAUUUGGGCUGUUUGGAAUUGGACCAGAUGGAAGAUUUCACGCCGAUAGGGAACAGGAAGAAAUGAUGGCCAGGGACUUAAUCAACACAGAUGUCUGAACAGGGAUUUAAAAUCGUGAUAAUAAGAAUACUAACUGGAAAAAAAAAAGAAUACUAACUAGGUUAGAAAACAA